AUGGUGAUGACCACCAAGGAAGUGGUGCUGCCGAAACUGCGCACCGUAGAGUUGGCUUUUUUUGAAGAAUCUGAUUUUGAGUACGAUUUGCCCCCACCCGAAGAGGACGAGGGCGCGGAGGAUGACGACAUCUUCGUUGGUAUCGAAGGCAGUGACGUCAAAGGCGAAAGCGUCGACGACAAAGACAAAGAAGGUGACGUCGAACGCAAAGACGGCAACGUCAUAGCCGUAGUGGACGACAUCCAAGUCGAAGUGGACGACGUCCAAGGCGAUGUGGACGUCAUAGGUGAGGAGGUUGUCAUAAGCGAGGAGGCCGCCAUAGGGGAUGGCAAAGCCAAAGAAGUCAUAGGCGAUCAGGACGACCUCCAAAGCAAACGCGAUGAGAACGACAUUGUUGGCGAACUGGACGAAAUCCACGGUCAAGUGGACGUCGCCCAGGGCCGAGUGAACGGCGUCCAGGCUCAAGAGGACGACGUCCAAAGCAAAGUUGUUAACUUCCAAGGCGAUGGUGUCGUCGUAGGCGAGGAGGUCCUGAUAGGCGAAGGCGAGGGGUGUGGAACUGACUCGGCCGAAGGCAAAGCCGAGAACGAGGAGAACGACGUUGAGGGCGAAGAGGGCGAGGGCAAAGCUAUGGAAGAGGAGAACGAUGUUGAGGGCGAAGAGGACGAGGUAGACGAGGAUGAUGACGAAGACGAAGAUGAUGACAACGAGGAUGAUCACAACGAGGAUGAUGAAGACGUAGACGAGGAUGAUGACGAAUAUGACGUCACACUGGACGACAUCUUUUCGAACCUCUGGGACUACGAGGUCGAGGAGGAAGAAGAACAACAGCGUGAGCCCGACUCGUCCUUGUUCGAAGCCCUCCGCUCCCUGCUGCUGCCGCACGAGGCAACGCUGCACCAUCUCAAGCUCGACUCGCCGCAGCUGCUGCCGCUCCUGGACCCCUUUGCCAGCGGGCUGCAGCGGCUCACCCUGACCCUCGACUGUGACCACCACCUGAAGGGACUACAGCAAAUGACCGGGCUCAAACACCUCACCGUAUUCCUCAAGAACGACUUCUUCGUGAACUAUGGGGUCGCCGCAUUGUUGAAGUCGUGCCCCAGCCCACUACAGCGCCUCGAGCUCAGGGGUUGCACUGACGAUUCAGUUCGAGCCCUGGGAGCGGUCGGGAUUACCAGUCUGCAGCACCUCGUGCUCUCCUUCCGCUCGAGCGUGGGAGCGCUGUCGCUGGGGGUGGCGCUGGCGGGCCUUCCCAACCUACGCUCGCUCCGCCUCCUGGGGCUCCACAAUAAGCCAACCGUGAUCCUCUCAGGUCUCUCCGCCGCCGCCAUGCCAAAGCUCGCCGUCAUCGUCUUCACGGACGGCACCGGGAGUGGCUCCGACUCAGCCAGCGUCUAUUCGGGCUAUCAAGACUGCCAGGACCUGGUGCGCCGCGCCUCCAUGCCUCUCCACGUGGUCGCCGUCUUCCGCGAGGAGCGCGACAGGCACAUGAUGUUCUUCAGGCACCCCGCAGGCGAGCUGUGUCCGUUGUGCGCCGAGGCCGAAGCUGCUGCUAGUUUUCGCGUCCUAAAGAACCGCCCUUUUGAGCGUAUUCAGGUAGAGUAGUGAAUAAAACACAAUGCAUACAUGUAAACGCAUUAUCAUCGUGUAAAGCAAACGACGUAUUUGCAUAGUCGCUAAAAUUUGCCAACGUGAUUAUGUCAUUUAGACGUGUGCCACGUCGGGAUGAUGAAAAUGAAAGUAUUGUGUAAAGUUUUCCCCUUCUUUUGAAUAUAAGAUUACAGACCUACUUACCUUCAGAUCUACUUACUUACCUGUAACUGUACAAAUUUAUAGAAUAAAGUAGUUCUAGUUGAUUUUCUUAAUAACUGAAGAGCUAUUGAAAUACAGUGUAAAUGCCAAUGUGAAAUGCAUAA